AUGGGUAUCGAUCUCGACCGCCACCACGUGCGCAGCACGCACCGCAAGGCUCCCAAGAGCGACAAUGUGUACCUCAAGCUUCUCGUGAAGCUGUACCGCUUCUUGACCCGUCGCACCGACUCCAACUUCAACAAGGUCAUCCUGCGCCGUCUCUUCAUGUCGCGCAUCAACCGCCCUCCCGUCUCCAUCUCCCGCAUCGUCGGCAACCUGGACAAGGAGGACAAGCGCACCGUCGUCAUCGUCGGAACCGUCACUGACGACAACCGUCUCCUGACCGUCCCCAAGCUGACCGUCGCUGCCCUGCGCUUCACCGCCACCGCCCGCGCUCGCAUCACCGCUGCCGGCGGCGAGGCCAUCACCCUCGACCAGCUCGCCCUCCGCGCCCCCACCGGUGGCAACACCCUCCUCCUUCGCGGACCCAAGAACUCCCGUGAGGCCGUCAAGCACUUCGGCAUGGGUCCCCACAAGCACAAGAAGCCCUACGUCGAGUCCAAGGGCCGCAAGUUCGAGAAGGCCCGUGGUCGCAGAAGGUCCCGCGGUUUCAAGGUCUAA